AUGACUGCUACUGAUGCCACUUCUGAGCCAGUCACUGUUGAACUACCAAGCCAUGACCCAAAGGAAACAGAAGGUCUUUUGAUUGAAACCACCCCUAAUACCGCUGCCCCUGUUGAAAAUGCCACUCAGGCUGUCGAAAAUGCAGUCACAGAAGCUUCCACUGCCACUCCGACUGCACCUAUCGCUCUCGAAUCGUUCUCAUCAUCUCAGCCAUCAUUCUCAGAAGAAACUGAAGAACAGGAGGAGAAGGAUGACAAGGAAGAAGAGCUAAGUGCAAAUGAACAACGAGUUCCAGUUGAUAUUGCGAGUCAGCGACGAAUGGAACAGGAAGAGGAGAUUAAAACUUCUGCCAAAGAAGUCAUUGAACCUAUGAAAUUGUUCAGAAAGGGAGCGACCGCUGUCGUCGGUGGAGUUACAGUCGCGGUUGGUCUAGUGAUGAUUCCUCUUCCUACACCGAUGGGUUGUGUGGUGGCAUCGUCAGGAAUGGCCAUCUUGGGAAGUGAAUUUGAAGGAGCCAAGGAAAUGAACGAUCGAAUGAUUGAAAAGAGCAAGACUCAUCUCGGAAAUGCUAGGGACAAGGCCAUUGCAAAAAUUGAAUCCAUGCAUUCCAAUGACGAUACUGAUGACGACUCAGUCGACAGCGAAGAAGAGGAGUCUCCGGCCUGGCUUAAGAACAUGAAUGAAGCGGAACGUAAGCGGCAGCGCAAGCUCAUGAAACAAAAGUAUCGUGAUGAAACUAUUCCCAAAAAUGAGCAGUUCAAAGAGUAUGUCACGAAACGAACAAGCUCUUUCUUGAAUCGUAGCAUUCUUCCAGCCUUGCACAAAACCAGGGAUUGGGGGAAAGAGGAAAAAGGCACUGACAAGCCAGCUGAAGGAGCCUCUGAAAACACUGAACAAAAGGAAGUAGGCACUACAAGUCAACCUACAGCAUCGUCCACAACUCCAUCACCCUCCGAAUCGCUCCAAAAAGGAAAGGAGAAGAUGGCCGAAUCAUUCGAAAAAGGCAAGGAGCAGGUGAUUCCCUGGUUUCAAUCCACGUCAGCCUCCUUCUCGAAUAUGAUGAAACGAAUGUCUCCUCAAUCAGGUGAUGAUAAGAAAAUGGACUUUGACGAUGAAGAAAUCAAGUUUGGUGAAAACGCCACUGAAGCAAAGAAUGCUGCUUUUCAGGAUGACCUUGCUACUGCCACUUCUGAUCUUGAUACCACAGGUAUGACAUCAGCACCCGAACUCGUUGAACCGGGUGCAGCUAGUGUCAUGGCAAUAUGA